CUAUUUUCUCUCUCUAAAAGUGCCGAUAAAUCUCCACCAUUUCCUUCCCAGUUUCUCUCACAAGCAAACUCAAAAUCGUCUCUCCCUUUCUCUCUCCUACACAUAAUGUGGAGGACUGGCUCGUAGCUGUUUUUCUCAGAUCUGCCUCAUUUUUUCCAUAUCUGAAGAAAUAGGUAUUGAGAAUAACUGUUCAGCUGAAAAAAGAGAGUUAUGGCGUUAGGAAAAUACACUAGAGUAGACAACAGGAGGUCGUCGUCGAGUUAUUGCUCGACGGUGACGAUCGUGGUGUUUGUGGCGCUAUGUCUAGUCGGGGUUUGGAUGAUGACGUCCUCGUCGGUGGUUCCAGUUCAAAACGUGGAUGUUUCGCCGGAGAAUAAGAGCGAGGUCAAGGCGCAAGAGAGUAAGACUGAGGUUAGCGAGCAAGUGAGCGAGAACAAUGAGAACAACGUGAACAAUGAGAGCAAUGCGGGCAAUGAGAGCAAUGAGAGCAAUGAGGGGAACACUCGGCAGUUUGAAGAUAAUCCGGGUGAUUUACCUGAGGAUGCGACCAAGGGAGACAGCAAUGUUAACAUUAAUAAUCAGGAGGAGAAGCAAGAGGAAAAAUCUGAAGAGAACUCAGAGGAGAAACCCCAGGAGAAUCAGGAAGAGAAGCCUGAGGAGAAACGUGAAGAGAAGGCCGAUGAUGGAUUGAAGUCUGAGACAGAAAAUGGGGAGACAAGCACGGAAGGUGGAGAUAAUAAUGAGAAUAAGUCUGAUUCGGAUGAGAGCCAGACGAAAUCUGAUACGGAUGACAAUGAACAGAAAUCAGAGAAAACAGAGGAAACACAAGAUAAAGAAAAGAUAGAGGAGAAAGUUGAGCAAAAUGACAAGGAGUCUGACGAUGGAUCUGGUGAGAAAAAGGAAAAUGAUCAGGCUAAAAGUGAGGUGUAUCCAUCCGGAGCUCAGUCUGAACUUUUGAAUGAAACUGCUACUCAAAAUAGUGCUUGGAAAACUCAGGCUGCUGAGUCAAAGAAUGAAAAGGAAGCUCAACGUUCUUCAAACCAGCAAACCACUUACAGUUGGAAGCUGUGUAAUUCAACUGCUGGGCCUGAUUUCAUCCCAUGCCUUGACAAUUGGCAGGCAAUUAGGACUCUUCAUAGUACCAAGCAUUAUGAACAUCGGGAAAGGCAUUGUCCUGAAGAGGCCCCUACAUGCCUUGUACCUCUUCCGGAAGGAUAUAAACGCUCAAUUCAGUGGCCUAAGAGCAGGGAAAAGAUAUGGUACGCUAAUGUUCCCCACACCAAGCUUGCACAAAUUAAAGGGCAUCAGAAUUGGGUGAAAGUUACUGGUGACUACCUUACUUUUCCUGGUGGUGGAACGCAAUUUAAGCACGGUGCUCUUCAUUACAUUGAUUUCAUACAGGAGAUCGUGCCUGAUAUUGCCUGGGGGAAGCGUUCCCGCGUGGUAUUGGAUGUUGGAUGUGGUGUUGCGAGUUUUGGCGGCUUCCUCUUUGACAGAGAUGUUCUUACCAUGUCACUUGCGCCAAAAGAUGAACACGAAGCUCAAGUGCAAUUUGCACUAGAAAGGGGAAUUCCUGCCAUAUCUGCUGUAAUGGGCACAAAGAGGCUCCCCUUCCCAGGCAGAGUUUUUGAUAUUGUACACUGUGCUCGUUGCAGGGUUCCAUGGCAUAUAGAAGGUGGUAAGCUUCUUUUGGAACUGAAUCGUCUCUUGCGACCUGGUGGCUUCUUUGUGUGGUCUGCGACCCCAAUUUACCAAAAGCUGCCUGAAGAUAUGGCAAUAUGGGAAGCCAUGAAGAAACUAACAAAAGCAUUGUGCUGGGAGGUUGUUGCAAUUAGCAAAGAUACAGUAAAUGGCGUGGGUGUUGCUGUAUAUAAGAAGCCUACUACCAAUGAAGGCUAUGAGCAAAGAUCGAAAAAUGAGCCUCCUCUUUGCGCAACCACUGAUGAUCCAAAUGCAGCCUGGAAUGUGCCACUAGAAGCUUGCAUGCACAAAAUACCUGUUGAUGCAUCAGAACGUGGGUCUCAAUGGCCUGAGCAAUGGCCUUCAAGGUUGGACAAAACACCUUACUGGUUAUCAAGCUCCCAGGUCGGAGUCUAUGGGAAACCUGCUCCUGAGGAUUUCGAUGCAGACUAUCAGCACUGGAAACGCGUUGUGAGCAAGUCAUAUCUAAGUGGAAUGGGAAUUAAUUGGUCAUCUGUUAGGAAUGUUAUGGACAUGAGAUCUGUCUAUGGAGGAUUUGCUGCUGCUUUGAAGGACUUGAACGUGUGGGUUAUGAACGUGGUCUCAGUAGACUCCCCAGAUACGCUACCUAUAAUCUAUGAGCGAGGUCUAUUUGGCAUGUAUCAUGAUUGGUGUGAGUCAUAUAGCACCUACCCGAGGACUUACGAUCUUCUUCAUGCCGAUCAUCUAUUCUCUAAGCUCAAAACGAGGUGCAAUUUGGUGGCUGUAGUUGCGGAGGUUGAUCGUCUCCUGAGGCCAGAAGGAAAGCUGAUCGUGCGUGACAGUGUUGAGAUCAUUAACGAGCUGGAGAACAUGGUGAAGUCGAUGCAGUGGGAGGUUCGCAUGACUUACUCCAAGGAGAAUGAAGGUUUGCUGUGUGUUCAGAAAUCCAUGUGGCGGCCCAACGAAUCUGAGACACUCAAGUAUGCGAUCAUGUCCUAGGAAGUGCCUCUUCAUUCUUGACGAUGCAAUGCCCCCCAAUGAGGUUAGGUUAUUCUUUUGUUUCCGGUUAGCUAAUUUUCAAAUCAUGGUAACUGUACUUUAUCUUGGCCUAUGUACCCUGUAGUUAGGUCUUUUUCAUUCUUCGGCGUCCACUAUUAAUUUAUUGUUUCCGAUAUUAUAAUUUUGAUGUCAUCACGAGUGUGAGUGUCGGGAUUUACACUGUAAUAUCAUUUCAUUACGUUUUAUGGACAAGAAUGAAUUCGUUCAUGCAAAUGUAAAGUCCAUUGAUGUGCGCUAUGAAACUUUUGAUUAGUAAAGAAAAAGCAAAUGAGGUCCUGAAUUGGCUCAAUUUUCAUUA